AUCGCCCCCGCCCCUGCUCUCCCGAGACCCCGCCGAGCUAGCGCCGCGACCCCUUCCCAGCGCUCCCCGCGAGCGUGGGAUCAAGUAGCGGGGCGGAGCGGCCGGGAAGGCGCCAUGCGAAGGGGCGAUCGCAGGGGCGCUGGGGGGCCGCGGCCGGGGUCUCCGGUGCCCGCGGGCAAAGCUGCGCUGGAGGAGCCGCCAGACGGCGCGCCCGCGGGCCGAGCGGCCGGGCCGGGUGCGGGCCGCCGCAGCACCGAGUCCGAGGUCUACGACGACGGCACCAACACUUUCUUUUGGCGAGCCCACACCUUAACCGUGCUCUUCAUUCUCACCUGUGUGCUUGGCUAUGUGACUCUGCUGGAGGAGACGCCCCGGGACACGGCCUACAACACCAAGAGAGGUAUUGUGGCCAGUAUUUUGGUUUUCUUAUGUUUUGGAGUCACACAAGCUAAAGACGGGCCAUUUUCCAGACCUCAUCCAGCCUACUGGAGGUUUUGGCUCUGUGUUAGUGUGGUCUACGAGCUGUUUCUCAUCUUCAUACUCUUCCAGACCGUCCAGGAUGGCCGCCAGUUCCUGAAGUAUGUGGACCCCAGGCUGGGGGUCCCACUGCCCGAGAGGGACUACGGGGGAAACUGCCUCAUCUAUGAUGCGGACAACAAGACCGACCCCUUUCACAACAUCUGGGACAAGCUAGAUGGCUUCGUGCCUGCACACUUUCUUGGCUGGUACCUGAAGACCCUGAUGAUCCGCGAGUGGUGGAUGUGCACCAUCAUCAGCGUCACGUUCGAGUUCCUGGAGUACAGCCUGGAACACCAGCUGCCCAACUUCAGCGAGUGCUGGUGGGACCACUGGAUCAUGGACGUGCUCAUCUGCAACGGGCUGGGUAUCUACUGUGGCAUGAAGACCCUCGAGUGGCUGUCCCUGAAGACAUACAAGUGGCAGGGCCUCUGGAACAUUCCGACCUACAAGGGCAAGAUGAAGAGGAUCGCGUUCCAGUUCACGCCUUACAGCUGGGUCCGCUUCGAGUGGAAGCCUGCCUCCAGCCUGCGCCGCUGGCUGGCCGUGUGCGGCAUCAUCCUGGUGGUAAGGCCGGCCCCUGCGUGCGGCCCCCCGCAGCCCGGCUCUUGCCCACCCUCCUCUGUCCCUCAGUUUCUGUUGGCAGAGCUGAACACGUUCUACCUGAAGUUUGUGCUGUGGCUGCCCCCCGAGCACUACCUGGUCCUCCUGCGACUGGUCUUCUUUGUGAACGUGGGUGGCGUGGCCAUGCGGGAGAUCUACGACUUCAUGGAUGACCCGAGGCUGCACAAGAAGCUGGGUCAGCAGGCCUGGCUGGUGGCAGCCAUCACAGCCACGGAACUGCUCAUCGUGGUGAAGUAUGACCCGCACACACUCACGCUGUCCCUGCCCUUCUACAUCUCCCAGUGCUGGACCCUCGGCUCUGUGCUGGUGCUCACGUGGACCGUGUGGCGUUUCUUCCUACGGGACAUCACCCUGAGGUACAAGGAGACCCGCCGGCAGAAACAGCAGAGCCAUUGUGACCAGGGCACAGCUGUGGGCCACAUGCACGGGCCCCUUCCUGGGCCAGAAGACCCCGAGGUGACUGGGGCCGUGCCAGGGCAGGAGACGCUGGCUCCGAACUGAGAAUGCAGGCCUGCUGCCCCCUCAUCCUCCAGGGCACCCCCCAGGAGCCUCGCUCCCCUCACUCCUGCGCAUGGGGCAAGGCUUCUGUGGAUGGAGUGCACCCUGUGCCCUUGGUUCCCGAGGCUUCUCUCAGGCUGGCAGUCAUGCCUUGGGCUCCCCACAGAGGCCCACCCUCCCUUCUGCAGGUGAGCUGGUGCCUGGGCAGAGGCUCACGGUGCUGCCUGCUCCACUCCAUGGGCCCCAG